CAGGAAGUGCGACCGGGAAAUCAAGUGCUGAAGCUGAAGUUUGAUCUUGAGGCCAGUGUGAACGAUGCACCCCUCUAUAACCCGUGAGGACUUUGUGCCACAGCAGUGCACAACAUGUUGCACUUUUUAUCACUGCCCACUAUGCCCUGCCCUGCAACCUAUGAGGUUGGGAAAAAUACAGCAACAUUUAGAUAGGCAUUUUAAAAAUGCAAUAAUUUUUGAAGGUAAUGUAAGGUAGAGUAUUACAAUAUUACUAGGGUGACUGGAUAACUUAUGUGCAAGAAGGCACUGAACUCUUGCAUGUCAAAGCGCAAGAAAAACUUUGUUUAGCCAGACAUGGGAAAAAAUAUACUUUAAGAUAAUGUGUAAAGUGUCCCCCAUGACAGAGUCUGUUUUCAGUCUACCUUUAAGGCAUCGUACAGACGUGAAAAAAUUACUGCAAGUGCUUCUAUAAAGUUACUGGACACAGGCUGUGAUAUAGCCCACAUAAUAGCCACACUAGUCCCAUUGUUUUACUACUGGAUGCAUUGUUUCAAUAUUGCAAGCAGUUUGAAUUUUUAUUCUGACUUGUUACCCUUUACUGGUUCUUAUUUCUAAUAAGAGAAUAUGUCUUUGCCACCUGCCAUGUAGCUCUGAGGGUCACUACCAUUGCCUGUUUUGCAUGAAAACAAUACUUAGAAGAAACAAUAUGGAGAGUCAUCUAAAAAUAUGCUCAAAAUCUGCAUCUGAGCCCUCCCACAGCCUACCUGUUCCAGCACAGGACCCCUCCCACAGCCUACCUGUUCCAGCACAGGACCCCUCCCACAGCCUACCUGUUCCAGCACAGGACCUUUCCCACAGCCUACCUGUUGCAGCACAGGACCCCUCCCAUGCAAAUGUGCUGGGUCCACAAUCCUGUUUUAAAAUGAGAAAAACAACAAACUGUCCUCAUUGCUCAUUAGAUUUGCUCAAAAAGAACCUGGACACACACAUCUUAAGAAAGCAUGCAAACAGAUCCCAGGAUGUAACACUGAUGUCUCAUCUUUACAGCAUUUGCGAUGAUGUACCUAAUGGACUGUCAGCAGUUCAACGAACUGGCCAUGGUUUUUCUGUUCCGGUCCACGUACAAAGGAAGAUAACGGGCAACAUUCAUCAUGUUAAAUGUGAACUGGAGGAAUGCUGGCAGUUCCAGCUUUUGGCUCAGAGAAGUGGAUUGCCUUUUAGUCAGUGUGAACACCUCCACUCACUUGAUUAUUGCUGUGACACUGCUUGUGAAGAAAUCUUAAAUCCCACUGUUCUAGAUGAAAUGGUGGUCCUUAAAUUUUUUGGUAAUGAAAAGAAAGCAGUUUGCCUAAAGAGACAAAAAGCAGCACAGGCAGCUUGUGUCCCAUUUUCUGUUUUGGUGGAAUUUGGUGGCUCUCAUAAGCAGAUUACGCUAUCCAUACACGAGCCUAUGAUACAUCAUUAUAGCCGUCUUGGUAGAGUGAUGGUCUCUUAUAAUUCGUCUGAUGGCACUUGGCACUGUCCCUGUGCAAAGGCUCGCACAUCCUGUAUUCACAAAAACAUUGGUAAAUGGCACUUAUUUCAAAUGAAGAGAGACUUGUUUAGGACUGGACCAUCUGAACCAGCAGAUGCAGAAACGAUGCAAAAGGCUAUUACUCAUGUACCCAACAUUGAUCUGCAAAGAAGCGUGCAAUAUCUCUUUGAUGAAAAGAAACUACCAGCUUUCCUCCCAGAUAAAGUAAACCAACCCAAGUCAUUACUUGAGUAUUCUACACAGUUAUAUUCUAUGAAAACAACAUGUACAUUUUGUUUUGAACAAACUGUACUUGAAAAGCCUCAGUUGGUCACAAAAUGGCCAAAAUUGUAACAAUGGCAGGUGUUGUGCAUGAUGUUUCGGUCUACACAAGAAGAUGCCCAGUAUGUCAUGUGCUUUACAGGUAUCAGGAAUGGCAGGAUGGAGUCCACAAUUUUGAUAAUCACUUGUUUCUGAGUCUUGAACAUUGUCUAUACCUUAGACAAGGCUUGCAGGGGAGGAUUCCUUGUUGCUCCAGUCAAAGAGGUGGCCAACAUGGAAGCUGGGCUAAAUGCAGGAAAUUGAACAACUCCAACUAGCUGUGCCUUCCAUCUCGGUCCCUGACACCUCUAUUAGGUUGGAGUUAUCAGAAAACUCUGCAAGGCCUGCAAUAUUGAUUUCAAGGGUUCUCGCAUGGACAUGUUAUCAAGGUUACAAGCAGAGAUGAGAACACGUCAAUGUUAUGACAAGGUUUUCCAAAAAAUCUGGGGGGCAUCAGGGAUCUCGCAAAUAGGAUAAAUCCAGGGCAGUGGAGUGAAAAGACCGGACUUGAGUUAGAAAGGUUUCCCCAACAAACAUACGGAAAUGACUGUGGAAUCUUCAUGCUAAUGGUGAGAUGCAUGUUGGUUAUUUUGUCCUUUUAAUGUUUUCCCCCUUCAUACUAAUACUGUUUGUUUGUUUUUUUUUACAGAUGGCCCUGUACAUAGCACUUGAUGCCCCCUUUGAUUACACAAUAGUCAGCACUUUUCAUUAUAAUUGUUGUAAUUCAAUUUUCAGAAAUAACAAAUGAAUGAUGUAAAUCAAUGAUGGCAUUAAUGUACUUAUUUUGUGUUCAGCUGGACAUGUCUGCCCUUCAGAAGUGGUGGUGUUUGCUUUUGAUGGAGAACUUUGGACUGGACAAGCAAUCAUUUUUCUUGACAUUUUUUCAUUUUCUUUCCACUUUGAAGUGUGUUUUUUCCACAGUUUUAGUCGUAGAAAAACCAUUGAUGACUCAUAUUGUGUAAUUAUGGGAGGGAUUUUAAAUUUGUACUUCUUGAGCCGAGAGCAAAACAGCAAACCUCUUUUUUUUAAACCAGAUUUUCCCCAUAUAGUUAUUAUUCAGUAGUAAGGAGAUGCAGCACACAAAACAUAUCUAUGACAUCUAAGGGCCAAAUCAGCCAUUAUAAUGUCAGUAGCCCCAGUGGCAAUGACAGCUUCUUAGUUUAUCAGGAUUUAACGGUCUUUCAUUUACAUUAUUUCACUGUUUAAUAGUUUUCAGCUAAAAACACUGGCUAAUCUCAACUGUUCUAACCAUUAAGGAGUGUUGCUUUAACUAACAGCCAAAUCAGCUAUAAACUUUAUUAGUACACUGCAAUCAUACAGUUUCUUCAAGAAUUGCCUUCAAGUUUACUUAUUACUUUUAACUUCCAUGUUUCUUACAGUAGUUGCAUUUGGAUUUUAUUUAUUUAUUUGAACCAUUUCCUUUUUUCAGCCAUGGCAAACUUUUUGCCCACUGGACAGAGGAGUCCAAGGCUUUCUUGAGUGGUGAACGGCAGCCUGUAUUCUGCCUACGCAAAAGAAAGCUUGAAGAGACAGUGCAGGUACAGGAUGAAUGUGAGGAUGCAUUAACACCGGCAAAAGUAGAAGUAUCUGUCAUUGCACACAUAAAAACAGCCAGUCAGUGGUGCAUUAACAAUCAACCACAAUUCAUCGGUCUGGUCCAGCUGCCCCAGAUACAGAGCAUGAUAGAGGAAGAUGUUGGGAAGGCUGUGCAGGAGUACCAAAAAAUGAAUGUUGAGGAAGACUACAGUUUGAACAAAGAUGAUGUUCUGGCUCCAUUUUGUUUUGGCUUUAGCCAUGUGCAAAACAUGCAAAUUUUUAGAAUUUUUAGGCCUAUUUUGUGGCCCCCAUCUAUGACGUCAUAAGCGGAUGAGGGCGUAUCCUUUGA